ACAUUACAUGCCAGAGGGCAGCAGAAGGUACAGGGUGCAAGAGGGCAAUUCUUUUACAGUAAUACAACCAGAAUAUUUAAGAAAACUUCGAAAGAAAUUCUUAAAUAUUUUAUAUUUUAAACUCAGUCAUUAAAUAGUAAUGUGUGUUUAGCAUGUGUUUCACACUUCUCUGUAGGUACCCUGUAAUAACUCAGCCGCAAGUUCGCUCAGGAAUGUAUUAACCUUAUCCUUUUUUUGGGGGGGAAUAAUCCAUAUUCCUGGGAGGGGAUCAGUUUCAGAGCUAAACACCGAGACUGUUAAAUGGGUCAGCAUUUUGCAGGCAAAUGAUAAAAGUUGCAUAAAUACAAACGAUCCUUCCUCAUUGUGUUAGUGGAAAGAGGUUGAAAGCGGCCGGGUCGCAGUAGGGAGACGUCGUGAUUUUCCUGGACACCCCUCUCGGAGUUUGUAGUUCAACCUGCGGAAUUUAAAGGCAAAAUGGCGACAGGGUGAUGGAUGGCAGGCGAAUAUCCAGCGCUUAACCGAGUGUCAUGGCGAGCUUGUCGUCGCCUAUGAAUUUUCAGCGUCGGAAAGGCUGGCAAUCACAUGUCUGGAUGGUGCCACUGUUUUGGAAACUAUUGCAUCUAUAUUUGUUCAUGCCGAUGUUGAUUGGAGCAGUGGUCCCCAACCCCCGGGCCGCCGGCCGGCAUCGGUCUGUUUGUCAAAUGGUUGCUCUGAUCAAGGGCUGCUCGGGUGUUAAUUGGCGGCUCGUGUGUGGCUCCGCCUCUUCAUUCAGCUUUAAUGGUCACCAUUGACAAACAGCAGGCAAAUAAUAAGAAAGUGACACUCUUAUCUACCCUCAGGGAACUGUUUGAAUGAGAUGCUGUCUCUGCCAUGGCAGCAGUGAGAAAUAGUGCCGAGAAAGAGGUGGAAUCUGCUGAACAUUACACUCAGGAGCUGUCAGGCUCUCACACUUCGUCUCCCACCACCUCUACCCGCAACAACAACAGCAGCAGUGUGGGACCACAGCAGUGCCAAUCUUUGGACAGUCACCAAAGCCUUUUAAAUGGAGCACAGCCGAACCCAUUUGUCUGUGGCGGUGUCCUGGCUGCCCCCUGCACAGACGAUUCAUUGCCUUCAGGAGCACUUGUUAAUGGAUCUGCUUCACACUGUACCUCAGAGGAACCCCACGUCCCCAACAAGGAUGCGUCCCCUUUGCCUGGGACAGACACCAACCCUGAGGUGUUGGAGCCUCCCUGUGAGCUUCAAUCAAACACUUGGCAAAAACCAGAAGGGCACAUUAUGAAAGCACCAUUCACACGGACCCUAUCAGAGUCGGACAACAGCGACUGUGAGACUCCCUUGGUGGGGGACAAUGCAGAUAACAGGGCAAUCAGCCGGUUGCGGACAAACAACUGCGUCAGAGCAGGACCCUUAUGGGAUGUCGAUUCCGAGUCAGAGUCAUCAGAAAGUUCUUCUGACAACUAUGAUGGCCUGAACAGAAGCCUCCGAGAGAAGUUUAUGUGUUUCCUAUUGAAAGGCAGGAUACUCAAUGAAGUGGUAAAAGGAAAGAUAAAGGUGGGAGGCACACAGUCAGCCAGCUCAGGGAGGAGGAAACGAAAAACAUGCAGAGUGAAAAGAAUACCAAUGCAAGAAAAAGUUAACGAGGACCGUGCUUCCCUUAUUAACACUGACUUGGAUUUUGAUUCGUCCAUUACUGAAGAGCGUUCCUUGAGGCAGGAUUCAGAAAGUUUGAAAGCACACACAGACUCGCAUCUGGGGAAUUCCCAAGACAGGAUGAACUUAAUUUCAAGUGAUAGUGUAGGCCGGCGCAACGAAGCAGACACCUACGUGGGUGGCCAACCUGUGCCAUUAAAGAGACAGCUAGAAACAGGCUUGGAGUCAGCGCACUCGUUCUUCCAAUGCACAAAGUGCAAUGUUAAUUUCAAGGAGAAAAGGAAUUUGCAUAGGCAUAUGAUGUAUCAUUUAGAUUGGCAUAAUCAGGUAGGGCAAGCGAGCAUCCUUCGCCCGUUUAUAUGCAAAGAGUGUGGGCGUUCAUUCUGUGAGCGUUCUUCCCUGCAGAAGCACAUGCUAAUCCACCAGGUGCAAAGGAAGAAGUUGAUGGAGGAGAUUAAAGAUCUGAAUGAGCUAAGAAGCCAGGAAGGAGAAUCUCAGCUGCAGUGUCCCCUGUGUGCUUUUGAAACCAACUGUCCACAUUCAUUCAUUUACCAUGCCAAGACCCACGGAAAAGACCAUCUUCAUUACAGUUGUGAAGAAUGUAAUCAAAUAAUAAUGGGCAAGUCAGAUACGGAAGCACACCAACAGAUAGCUCACCUCCGUGCAUGCCAAGGACGAGUCAGAAAACCCUUGGACGUGCUUCUUUGCAAAAUUUGCACAUUUAGAACAAAGUAUAGAGAUGUUUUAAGAAAGCACCUGGAACUCGUACAUGACCAGCCGCUUUGUGAUUAUGAACUUCAGUCCCACAAUAUGGCAGCUGAUCUUAUGGGGUCUGUGUCCGAGCAAUGCAGGAAAACAGACCAAACUGAAGCAGAGAACUUGUCUUCGAAGUUCCUAAGAGAAAAGCAGAACAAAAGUGGAACAGGGCUGCCUGCAUGGCCCAGUCGCCUUACUGACCUUUUUUUGACUGAUAACGGCACACAAAAUUCCUGUAAAAGUUUGAGCUCCUCCCUGAUCAAAUGGAGCUUUGGCAGCUUAGCAAACAACCUGUCACCGUCUUCCUUGCAAUGUGACAAACCAAGUAAAUUAUCUCUGCCUACAGAGAGAAUAGAUGUGACAACAGGUCUCUCAUAUGUUGAAGAGGACAAUCAAAAAUGUGAAAGUGCUGCCUUCAAGCGGAACACAAAACAUCUCUCCAGCUUUUACGCAAACCCUGUGACCAGAUCUGCAAUUCCCACCAAAUCUAAACAUCUAGACCAUGAUGACGAUAACACUUCCAAAGAUCCCUCACCUGGAAGCAGUUUUGCAGUACAGAAGCAAAAAUCUCCCUCAAAAAGAAAAAUGUCCAUUCCAUAUCACAACACUCCUAAGAAAAUUCCAUUGCUUGUACCAAAACAAGAAUCUGCAGCUCCAGAGAUGGUGGAUAUUUAUUCUUUGCAGAGUGGUGACUACAGUAGUGCUCAUUUUGAUUGUGCCAAUCAGGCAAAGGAUGCUAAUUGUCCCAGUGAAAGCAUAGCACAUUUCCUGGAUAGCAACGAUGCCUCUGACCUCUUAACCCAGCAGGGACGUUUGCUUAAAUACGACUUUCUUAACUCUCCUGAUCAGUCAGACCUUGAUGGACCCAUGGAAGACGAUGAUGAGAUCAGCACUCUAAUAGUGAAAGAAGAGAACAUGGAGAGUGCUGUGAGCGAGGACUAUCCAGAGUGUACCGAUCCGAAUCUCAGUGACUCUUACACCAGCUACUGCGUAUCUCCAGUGUUUGAACCAGAUCGGAAGUGCUGUCCAUAUUGUCCAGCAGUGUUUGAGACCGGGGUGGGCUUGUCCAAUCACAUCAGAGGACAUCUGCAUAGAUGUGGGUUAAGCUAUGAGGCUCGUCACAUGCUGUCACCUGAACAGGUGGCGUCUCAGGACAGGCAGCCUCGCAUUCGUAGAAGAGCACCACCCAUGAGCAACAGGAUCAGGAGAGCAGAUAAACCGGAGUCUCAAACUGAACAUACUUGCCCCCUGUGUCUGGGCUGGUUCGACACCAAAACCGGCCUGUCCAAUCACGUGCGGGGUCACUUGAAGCGGAUCGGCAAGCCAAUCUCAGGCGUCAGCAAGUCUCCCCUGUGCAUCCUCAAUGAGCUCCUGCAGGACGAGAACGAGCACAGAAAUGUUCUCCGAGCACUUGAGACUAAACCUCGCCUCUCCAGACCCACCGUUUCCCGCAAGUUUGAGCGGGAAACAGAGGGCCUGUUUCUUACACCCACUUGUAUCCCGGUGAACAUCCAGCACUCUGAUAACAGGCUAAUCACUGAUGAGGGUGAAAAUAGGAAAGGGACUGAGGAGAAGGUGCACGAGAACCGCGAAAGCACUUUAGUAGCGCUGCUUAAAAGGCAGAAACUGGACAAGGAGCCGGCAGUCACUUGCCAAACUAAGACGGCCAGAGCUCGUUUCAUCAUUUCUCCAUCCAAGAAGGUUUCUUCUGAAGUUCUGCCUGACUCCAUAUGUAGCCAAGGGAAGUUUGAAGGAGAUAAGAAAAUGUGUAUCCACUGUAAUGCAACUUUCCACAGCGGUGUCAGUCUGUCCAAUCAUCUUAGGGCUUAUGCACGCAGGAAGCAGAUCGCCAUGCUGGAAGGAACGUCAUAUGAUUGUAAUCAGAAACUGCCUCGCUCGAGGUCUGGGCCAAAGAGGAAAAUGUUCCACACCGCCUCUGAAGUGAUCUACACCCUGACAUGCAGGUUCUGCGAUCUGGUCUUCCAGGGGCCUCAGUGUGUGCAGGAGGACUGGGUAAAGCACCUGCAGAGACACCUCAUGCAUACUGCUGUCAGAGGGACAGGCGCCGGGAUGGUGGAGGUGCCAGCUGUGUGCGAGGAGCCCUGUGCUCCGGACUGUGUCACUCAGGGGCUUUAAAUCACGUUUACACACAAGCUUUAUUCAUGUUACCACUCUUCGGCAUAUGUAAAUAGAGAGAUAAGAAGAGACAUGCACACUUAUUCUACAUAAAGAUAUCUCUGGACAAGUGUAGAAAUCUAUAUGAUAAAUAUUUGAGAUAUAUCAAAUAAAAAAAAAAUGAGAGAGAGAGAGAGAGAGGAUAUUUUCCAAUAUUGCACAUAUUUUCUCUUCUCUCCCUUUUUUUUCCAAUGUUCUUGUUUUAGACAUGACAUUUGUCAUAAAAGUCUGGUAUUGACACGUUCCUACGUUCAUAUAGUCUGAUACAGAGCUGAAUAUUUGCUUAGAGAUUAUAUGCUCUGAUCUAUUUUUAAGCAGCAAUCAUUCUUGGUGCACAUAGCGUUACAUUUAUUGCUAAUUCGUAUGUAAUUAGGAUGCGCUGAAAUUAUGGCUACUGAAAAGAUUUUUUUAAAAGUUUAAAUACAACAAAUAUCAACCAAUAUCACUUUCUAAAUCAUUUCCCUCUAAUUCGCAGUUAUUCGCAGUUUGGCCCUUAUUCAUCCAUCUUAUGUACAGUCAAAUCUGAUUGUAAAUCGAUCGGUAUACAGAUUUCACCAUCAGCUUCCUUAUUAUAUUCCUUACUAAGAAAAGCGUAUUUUUGAUAGGCGUUUAUUUUCUUAGAAUUAAGGUACUUGACUGAAACGUUUGACGAAAGGUGUCGAUUCUUCUGAGACUGUAAAAGAUUAUAUGUAAAUAAGGGAGAUAUAGAUGGGAGCUUGUUAUCACACAGCAGAGGUGAUUUACUCUCAAAUCACCAGUUGCAUUAAUGUCACAUGGCAGUUUGACAAGAAUUUGUUUGUAUACACUGUUCAAAAAAAUGAAGGGAACGCUUAAAUCACACAGUGGAUCCUGGUAAACGUUAUAUUCAUUCAAAAUUAAUAUUUCGUUGGAACUCUUUACUUUGAUAUAUUUGUGAAAUUCAUUAACGACAAAAAUGACAAUGGUCACUGAAAAGAAAAAAAGAAAAAAAUCAACCCAUUGAGGGCUGGAUUUAAUAUCACACCGAAAAGUAAAAAAUAAAUAUAUGACGGGUUGAUCCAACUUGUGUAAAUUGUACGAAACUUAUGAGAUGGUGUCUUGGGGGACCUCCUCUCAGAUUUGGAUCAUGGCAUCAGUGGAUGGACCCUCUAGAGGAUAUAUUAGACCCUCAUGCCACCCUCAAAGAGUUUUACUUUUGUAGGGCUCUGGCAGUGCGCCUCCUGUUCUUCCACGCUCAUGGGAGCAGAUACUGGUCCUGCUGCUGAGCUGUUGCCCUUUUAUAGCCCUGUCCAUCUCUCCUUGUCUAACUGCCCACUUCCUGGUAUCUCCUCCAAUCUCUUGAAACUGUGUUGGGACGCACACCGAAGCUCCCUGCAGUGGCACAUAUGGCCGUCUUUAAAGAGUUGGAAAACCUGUGCAACCUAAUUGGAUGGCAAACACUAAGAAAACACAAAACUAGAAACAGUCAGAAAGGAUGGUAAGAGAGCAAUUGUGUGUGGCCAUUACUUGUAAAACUAUUCACCUUUUGCUGUUGCCUUUCCAGUGCACCUCUUGUCACUUUUAUUUGCACCAAAGCAGGUAAAAUUAUAAAAAAGAAUUAUAAUUUACAAUCACUUAAGCUUCCUAACUGGACAGAUUGAUAUCCCUAGUUGACUUUGUACUGUGAUGAUUGCGUGUUCAUUUUUUUGAUCAGUGUAUUUCUCAAUGCUCAAAUCUGCUCAUUUCUAUCUUCCACUCUGCAUCCCCAGUGUAAUAUCUCGCUCUAAAUUCUAGUGUUUUCUGAAUUGGGCCAUCUUCAUCACUGCUUUCUUUGCAUUACAUGUGUACCUUUUCUGCUACAUACACCUCACAUUUUCUACAACUGAACAGCUGUGGAGAAUUAUCAGCCAUAAUCACCUGCAGUGCAGGAUUAACAAUUUAUUCUAGUAGUUUGUUUAUCAGAUAUUGUUAGUGAUUAGUGUUGGUUUUUGUUCAAAAUAUUCACCUUUUGUUUAAAAAUAAAAUGCAAAAAAAGAUAGAAUUUAUGCAAUGAUGCAAAAACCAAAUGAACCAAAAAUGCUAACUAUAUAGAACCCAUAUAUAAUUCACCAUUCUCUUAUCAUUAUUUGUGUGUUGAUGCAGUGGAUCUGCGUAUUUUAAGUGUGCGAAGGCAUUCAUAGAGACGUCUGCAAUUUUAGAAACUCACUUAAAUCAAAAGUACAUUGGAUACCAGAAAGACACACAUUAUAACGUUUCGUGAUAAAAGAACGCAAAUCUCCAGCUAUAAGCUCACCUAGAUGUUUUAAAAGCACACUGUCCUGUGAUACACUACACUGCUGUAACAGCUGCAUACACUGCUUUUCAGUUCUGAUGCCAGAUUUCAGCACUGUUUGUUACACUCACCUCAACUCUGAGGCGUUCUAGUAGUCAACUCUUACUUUAGGAUUUAUCGAGAACGGAUCUAUUAACUUUUCUGUGCUUAAACUAUUUAUGAACAUUUUUAUAUGUGAAUAAGUGACAUACUGUAUUGUCCAGAUUAUAAGAUUUGCUAUAUUUGCCCUCUUCUGCAUAUACAGUAAAGCAAGAUAUGUUUUCUUUUUGUUAGUUUUUUUUAUAUAAUGCUUUGGCCUAAUAAUAAUAAUAAUAUGCCCAACUGUUAAGAUUUUUUUUUUUACACUAUACGCUACUUCUGCAGUUAUGGUAGUUUCCCUGUCCCAUAUGUCAACAGAGCAGCAAUAUUACUGACGGAUAAAAGUUAUAAAUAAACAAGAUAAAAAUAAAAAUGAUCAUAUUCGACACCCUCA